UGGACUCGUGGUUAUUCAAGCAACAAUGAUGUCAGUUAUACGAAUAAAUCUUCAAAACUGAGUGAGCUUUCUGACAAAAUAGUUAAUAAAUUUAUUCAGCCGCAGAUGGACUUGUUACAGAGAACAAUGAUGAGUUUAGUGGAAAGAAGGGAUAAAGAAUUUCUGAGCUUAGUGGAAGAGUAUAAGAAAGAACUUUUGAGUUUAACGGAAAGCAAUAAGAAAGAACUUUUGAGUUUAAUAGAAAGCAAUAAGAAAGAAAUAUUGAGUUUAAUGGAAAGCAAUAAGAAAAAACUUUUGAGUUUAACAAAAAGCAAGAAUAAUAAAUUUUAUGAGAUUAAAAAAUUAGCAGAAGACAGAGCAAUAAGUCUAUUGUAUAUGAGGGAUAUGUGUAACAUAAAGGGUGCCUUGGAAUUAAUUCGCACGCAGAUAAGGGCUCUGAUACACUUAUUUCAAGAUGAAGAUUUCAUCAAAAUUUUAAAGAAAGCGUGUGAAGAUAAUGAUCUUUGGUACGAUGAUAUUCAGAAUUGUAUUAGGGGCCUCUACUAUUCUGCGUCAAAGCAAUUCUAUAGACGUGAAUAUCAGGUUGUGAUUGAUUCGCAAUCUUGGUCGUCUAAUGAG